AUGUAUAUGACGAUUAAGAUUGGAAAGCCUCUACUUGGGCUGAGCAAGGUUGAGUACGACCUCCUCGCCAGCGAGGUGGAUGUUGUCGUUUAUAACUCAUGGCGACUUGACUUUGGUCUCGCUAUUCGCUCGUUCGAUCCCUUCCUAAAGGCAACCAGAGGCUUGGUCGAGCUAGCCGCGGCAAGCAAGGAGAACAACAUGCGUGUUGUUUUCGUCAGCUCAACGUCCUCAGUUGAGGUUCUUGCGGCCGGAGAUACAGUCCCUGAGGCUCCUGUCGAAGACCAUAUGGCUGCUAUGAAUACUGGGUACGGGCAGUCCAAAUUGGCGGCAGAAGGCAUUCUUGUCACUGCGUGUCGACAGGCCGGUAUACCCGUGUCGAUUGCCCGUGUCGGCCAAGUGGGCGGCCUAAGUCGUGGUACCGGGGCCUGGCCAGACCAGCCAUGGAUCUCGACCGCAGCGGGUAUUCCAACCACAUAA